UGUUGGUGAUUUUCCACAGUGAUUUUCCGUUCGGUAUCACCGAUCGACGUUUCGUGACCGGUUUACGUUGAACUUUGAGUUAAAUCUGCUAUUUUGUCGUGAUCAACACAACCAUGCUACUCGAUCUGCAAUCAGACAUCAAUCUGGAAUCAGCAAGCAAGUGAGGACAGAAACAGAAGCUUGAAGACCCAAUAAUUUUGAGCUAGUUGUUGACAGAAAACAGCAGUGUAUUUUCAGUCGUCUCGUAGUUCCGCGCCCGAAAACAACAAACCGAAACCGGCUCCAGCCGGCCAGGCCGUCCAAAGACAAUAUUUUCCCCGCGGGGCUAAGACCUCUUUCCGCUUCGUUUAGGCGGUCAAUUUUUACAAGUUUAGUGUAACAUCAUCACAGUAUUUCAGUAUGGUUCGUUUGACAAUUUUUCUGUUUAAUACUUUAAAAAGUCUCCCCUCACAAGUGGAACACUUCUCGAAGUUUUCGCCGUCACCUUUGUAUGAACAGUUCCUGGAUUUCGGUCUAAAUGAAGCCAAUGAGAAGAAAUCGUUCAUGUUUCUUCGGCAAGAAUUACCCGUCCGGAUCUGCAACAUCAUGAAAGAGAUCAAUCUCCUACCAGAGAAACUCCUCCAAAUGCCUUCAAGCAAAACAGUCAAAUCAUGGUACACACAGUCUUUGGGAGAUCUCUUGGAGUAUGUCGACAGCACAAACGACUCUCAGACAAUGCAACAGUUUACAGAUAAACUGAUAACAAUACGAAACAGGCAUGCAAAUGUCGUUGAGACGAUGGCACAGGGCGUGUUGGAGAUGAGGCAGAGUUACGAAGUUGAACAUUUUGAGGAGAGCACGAUCCAAUACUUUCUCGAUCGUUUCUACCUCUCACGUAUAAGCAUUAGAAUGCUCAUCAAUCAACACACGCUCAUCUUUGGCUGUGCACCCAAUUCACAUUCUACACACAUCGGGAGCAUUAAUCCAAACUGCGAUGUAGUGUCCGUCAUCAAAGAUGCAUACGAUGGUGCAAAAUACCUUUGCGAUCAGUACUACCUGGGGUCUCCCGAUGUGAACGUCAAAUGGAUUGAUGCUCGCGAUAAGACUGAUGGCAUCACAAUGGUGUACGUGCCUUCACAUUUAUACCAUAUCUUAUUUGAACUGUUUAAGAAUGCCAUGCGCGCCGUCAUGGAGCAUCACGGUGACUCAGUAACGGACUACCCUAAAAUAAAUGUUCUAGUCACCAAGGGAAAACAAGAUGUCACAAUAAAGUUAAGCGACGAAGGAGGCGGUAUCCCAAGGAGUCAAAUCGACAAGCUCUUCAACUACAUGUACACCACUGCUCCUCAUCCACCCAAGCCGGGCACCACCACCAUUCCUCCAUUGGCUGGUUACGGUUACGGCCUGCCCAUCGCCAGACUUUAUGCCAAAUAUUUCCACGGAGACCUCACCCUGUCUUCGAUGGAUGGCCAUGGCACUGAUGCCGUCGUCUACCUGAAGGUCCUUUCAAGUGAAGCCAAUGAGCUCUUGCCAAUCUAUAACCGAGCAGUGUCUCGUAUGUACCAGUCGACGACCUCCAUCAGUGACUGGAGUUCACCAGCGGGCAAUAUCAGGCCAUUCAGCACGGCCACUAGAAGAAAGCCGUCACCAAUUAAUUAGAGUACCUCAAGAUCAGGGCUCUGCUUAUCGCUGAAUUCUGCACUUACGAGCACCAUUCUCUGCUUACGCGCAAGCACUGAAUUUCUGCGCUAGUUGUUUAAGCGUAGAUACUUAGUAACAUGAAGUAUGCAUGCGCACAAGCCAAAAUUGCCCACUAACCAGUGAAGUAUGCUUGACGUGAGCACAGAAUUCCCUGCUUCCGUAUGCGCCGUUUCUUUGCUUUUGGUAUGCAGAGCCACGAAAUUGGACCCAGACGGAAAUUAUGUUGCUGCCAAAGGCCCUAAAAAACGGGUUUGCUUUGAGAGUCGCUCAAGACAGUACUGGCUAAUAACGGGGAAAUGGCUUGGGGAUGCUAGGUGGGUGCAGACUUACUGGGUAAAAUUGUAGGCGGACUCCCCGAGUCUCUUACUCCGUUUCGGAAGAGACCUGGGGCCCUUUCUCAAACCCUGUCUUGGGCUUGGGGUCCAGCUUGGGCUCCUUGCGCUUCAUUACACAUCAGAAACAAAGUGAGUAUGAACCGGCUUUCUUCAGGCCUGGUACAGAUCUGGAGUAGUGUGUAUUUUUGCACGUGCUGGUGGUUCGAAUAUCAGACAACACUUGCAGCCAGAGCCCAAGCCAAGGUUUGAGAAGGGCCUCAACAAUCACAGUACUUCUUAGGCAUCACGUGACUGGGCUCUAACAAAACAAAACAAAACGCAGAAACACAACUUUUGAUCGACUGUUUAGUCUGUUGCAAUGACAAGCGAUUUGGCUUUUACUACCAUACAAGAAUUUUGAAAGUGAAAUUUAGACUAAAUCUGCUUUGACUUUGUGUGCACACUAUGGAGAAAAAAUAAACUGUUUUAUUCAAUGCAAUUUUGCUUUAAGACAAAAUGUCUGCUUGAUGAGGAAACAGAAAAAUGUUUUGUAAGUAUUGUAAAUUAUUAAGCUAUUUUGGAGAUGAGUCUGAAAUAAUUAUAACAAUGCAGUUGGAUUAAAACGGCUCACUAUAGAAAAGUUGCCUACCAUCAGAUAUAUUUUCCUUAGCAAAAAGCCCAAUUUAAUAGAGCUGCUUAAGCCCAAUAGGAACAGGGUUACCAGCCAACGAAGCAUAUCACGUCCAAAUCGUCAUAAGAUGCAUGCUGAUUUUUGACUGGUACCUGCUUAUAUUCUUGCUUAGCAUAUGGAAAUGUUAUAAGUGGUAUUGUCUUCAGAUUUAUGAACAUUUACCAAAGGUAUAAACUUACUUUGGUUGAUCUGUUUUCCUGCUUUGUUUAUUUUUUAGAUACAGUAUCACCUCCUGAUUUUAAAGAGUUAAAUUAUAUUUAUAUGAAAACCUGCUGAUGUUAUUCUAGUUUAUGUAUGUGUUAUAUAAACCUUUAGCAGGAACAGUUGUACAAAAUAAUGGUUUUUAUUAAGUAUAUUGAUACAUUUGGUAACUACUCAAAACAAAUAUUAACUUAAAAACUCAUUUGGUAACAAGCUUUGGAG